AGAUGGCGUCCGAGUACGAUGAACGUGAGGAGUCUGUCCUCGAACCAACAAAUCCUACCCUUUUAGACGCUAUAGAAGAAAAAAACAGAGCCAUUGGGAAGAAAAACCUAAUUCAUCGAAUGGUCUGCAUAUCCAGACUGAGGGAUAAUGCAAGUGACCCUAAUUCUGUUGGAAAUCAUUAUGAAAAACUGUUCAAGCAUCUUCAGAAUAUGUACCAGAGUGAACCCAUCACAGGUCUACUGCUCAUCUAUCACAAACACAUUGUCCAUGUUGUUGAGACAUCCUCAGAUAUGCUGUUAAAGUAUGUUCAAGAUUUGCAGAAAACUGAACAGGACGAAACCAGCUUCGCAGCCAAGUCCAAAAUCCUGGUUGUUUCUCAUGAUAUCCCAGACAGACUGUAUAGUCAGUGGAGUUUCCGAGGUUUGGAUAUACAGGCUCACAGUCUGGAUCAAAACGAGAGCAAUGAAGACACAUACAAUGUGGUGGGAGAUGUUCUGACGCAGCUUGUCAAGCUUGGGGUGCAUUUGUCCAGACAACCGAAGCUAACAUUGAAGAGUGCCAUGGAUUCUCUGUAUGAGAAAGUUCCAGAACUUUUACCUCAACAGGGAACGAUACACUCUCUACUGAUGAAUGAUGAUAACUGUAUGAUACUGCCAAAAGAAUAUUUAGCCAUGUAUGAGCAACCGUUCGAUUUUACCCUGGACAGUGAACUCUCAUGGCCUCUACCAACACGCCUUUUCCCCUACAACUGAGCGCUGCUGAAGCAGGCAGAUGUCUCUGGAAAGCUUGGACUGAAGAAAAUUUGGUCUAAAGAAAUUGCCUGUGAUAGUCUUUUUUUUUUCUCAAGAGGAAAUUUUCAAUACUGCUGGGGCAGUCCUUAAUGAAAUCUUCUGAAUAUGUGUAUUGACUACAUUUACAACAUGCCUGCCUUUUGGGUUCUUUUAUGUGUAUUCGAACACAUUUUAAGCCGGGUUUUCAAUCACUGUUUUAAAUGCCCUUUACCCAUUCUUGUUUACUUACAUCAAGCACAUUGAAGGUGUUCAGAGCAUAUCACUUCAAAACAUGUUAGCCUUUUGUAAUUAAACUACAUGUACUU